UAUAGUCAGGCGCUGUGGGGUGACCCCCAUGGCGCGUAUUUAAGGGUAGGGUUAAGAAAAUUCUACGCUAUUCUACACAUAUAUCGCGUCUUUCUCUUCGAAGCUUUUACUCGGAAUACCAAAUGGGAGGCACCUACAACUACACUCUAAGGCGCGUGGCUUUGUACGCCUUACUUUGGCCCAUUGCAGUCAUCCUGCUUGGCCUCACGGCGUAUCGCAUCCAUUUCACAAAAAGUCAGGGAGUAGGCUAUCAGCCCAUCAUCGUGGAACUUCUGGUUUCUUCCAUCUUCACUGUGCUCUGGGUACCAAUGCUCAUGAUAUUUGCUGAGCGCGCUUCGAGCUCUCGAGACAAUGCCAAUACAGCUCGAAGGCAUCCCAAGCACCUUCCCUUUGAGCUGUUGGGACUGGCCAUCCUGUGGCUGUUUUGGCUUGUCGGCGCCGUGUAUACAAUCAACCGAAUUCUUCCAGGCCACAACUGGUGCGCCUUUAGCGGAAAGCAGUGCAAUAUCAUGACGGCGAUUCUCGCCUUCGCUUGGAUAGGCUGGUCCUUGCUAACGCUCUUGGGUAUCCUGGCCCUGAUGCAUUCUGCUCAUGGAUUUGCGUCUGAGGAGAAUACUAGUGCCAGAGUGGAAAAGGACAGAGGGGUUGGCUUCCGAGACCACAAACACGGGGGCUGGGCAGCCAGUCCCUACCCAGCCAGCAAAUGUCUAGCCGACGGCCGUUAAUCCGUGCCAUGCGCGCUCUCAUGUAUAGUAUAACUGAUAUGUAUUUUGUGUAGCUUAUAACUUGUAAAGUAUCUUCUAUGUACACCCUCGUAAUUAACA